GCGGGUUGGAUAAAAACCCGACCCGCGCAUCACAAACAUUUACGUUUUUUGCGCUGACGUGAACAGUCCGGCUACGCACCUUUUCAUGCAAUGAAAUGGAUUCAGUCUAUGAAAAUUCUGGUUUCAUAUUUUCAACAGAUGCUUCAGGUGAAAAAUGCUCUCAAUUCAUCGGUAACAGCACCAACGAGCAAAAAAAUGCGAAGGUCGUUUAUCCCUCUAAAUGGAUCAAAGUUCUUCUGAUUGUUUUUUCUGUCUGUCUAUUUUUUGCUCUUGGAGGUCUCUGUAUUCUAGGGAUCCUGUAUGUCCGUGUUUCAAUGCAACUGUAUGCUCAGGAAACUAAUGGCACAAUCAUGGCAGUAGAGAUUGAGGAACUAACAACCAACUACACCAGAGUUAAAGAACAUCUCCACAUUAACAACAAUUACAAAGAAAAGUUUGAUGCGCUUCGCAACCAGCAUGAGGAGACACUUAGAAAGCUAAACAGAUUUAAUGACAGCACAGGUUGUGCACAUUGUGCCAUUGAAUGGAUACAUUUUGAAGGAAAGUGUUACUACUACUCUAAAGUCAAGAUGAACUGGACACAGAGUCGAGAUCACUGUGUGACUUUAGGAGGACAUCUAGUGAUCAUAAACAGCAAAGCAGAGCAGGAUUUUGUUACCUCAAAAGUUAAAGGGAGUCACUGGAUUGGACUUAAUGAUUUGGACAUUGAGGGUCACUUUGUUUGGGUGAAUAACCAGGCACUUAACAAUUCACUGGAAUUCUGGAUGAAACGGGAGGAUGGAAACAAUGAGCCUGAUAACUGGACUAAAAAUCACCCGUCUGGUGAAGAUUGCACUUGUCUGGGUCACUUACGUGGGGCGAGUGAAUUCUGGUUGGAUGCUUUUUGUUUUGAAGAGAAAAACUUUGUGUGUGAAACUGCUGCAGCUGUUUAAUUCAAUGCUUCUAAAUACUUAACACAAAAGUUUUCAUACAUUUUCAUGUCUUCCAAACAUAUCUUGUCAGUUUCUCAAUAUUUGACCUUAUAGCAUGCUGUAUUAAAUUGCCACACGGGCCAAUAUUCUGAGACCCCUUAUCACAAUCUAUUAAAACAAUUGCAGAGGAUGUGCAGAGUGGUGUCGUGACUUUUUAACACUUCAGUGCUGGUCAAGUGCAUUCUCUCAAUGCAAUUGUUCAUAGCAUAUGUUGCAUGUCUCUCUUUGUUAACACACCUGCUUCAGAUAAUCAGCUCAUUAGAAGUGAGCUCUGUGCAUGAACUGUGUUCCCAUUGACAUGGUCCCUACACAGUGUUCAUUGAUCCCUACUCCCUGAGCAGGGAAAACUGUUGAAGGUUAUCUCACUUCAGAACAUUCACGGAUUUGCACUGCGCAACGUCUUCACACACGGACAAGUGUUACAUCAUAUUCCUCUGCAAAUAAACACAAUUUAAAUUCAAGUCUUGUACACUUCAAUGCACUUUGAAUGGGACA